CGCCGAUUUCACAAGGCGCGCGGCCUAAUCAUCGGCGCGCGCGUUUUUUUACAUGAGCGCCGCACCAAUUCCAGUUCUGUUGCCCGCCUGAGCUUGGCGAAUGGUGCGGCGGUGCCGGCGCCGUCCGCGGGUUUCGCCACCCACCGAUCGCCCAAAGAAAAACCGAAGCCGAAGCACAGCAGUCGGGCGCCACGCAGUUCCAGGCCCUCCCAGGCGGCAGCUAAGCCGAACAAGAAGGGGGCGCGUCGUGGGCGCCAGGCGAUCCUUCACCAGGUACGACGUAGGUUGGCGCGAGGGUAUGACCCUGGGAGCUCGCCCAAGCGAUACCGGGC